AUGAUUAAGGAAUUUAUCCGCUGGUACAUUGGCCGACUGAACGAGAAUGGACGACUAACGGUAAGAACCGUAGAGGCGUGCGCCGAGCGGUUCUUUAGUGGAUUUGAAGUAUUUAUAAAGACUAAAAUCAUCCCAGAUGAUCGAAAAGAAAUAAAAUCGUGGAUUAAGAAAACUCUGACGGCGGAAGGCAUAAUAGUGAACUAA